AUGCGAAUCAACAAAGAUGAAAACUCUGCGUUUGAGCUAGGUGCGGGAUGGCAUAUCAGGAUUAAGAAGUCAUUACACUUCUUCGCCAGUCUCACUUCGCAGAGGCCUUCAAUAUGUCCACUUUAUGCAUAUGCCGUGGAUCGAGGCGAUCACAGUUUUGCCAGGCACCCCGACGAAGAGGACCAGCAAGAUUGCGACAUGGGAGCCGAAUUCUCAAAGCACAAACAUAAGUGUCGCAAGGGCAAAUGGGUGGACAAGGAGACGUGGACGGGACAAAAUGGCGAGGCGUGGGGGCCAGAGACGAAUUUAAAGAUGGUCGACAAGGCAAAUCAAUGCGUGCUUCAGUGGAUUCAAAGUAUCACGGCUGAGGAAGAAAGCACGAACCUGGAUGAUAGACCUCCGAAACGGCCACAUUCCGAGAUCUGCAUGCGUCAAUUCAAUCGUUCACUCGAAGCGCUUGUUGGCAAGAUUGACCUAAGUUGUUGCGACUGGCUUCACCGAAUCGGGCUGUGGCAUCUCGAAUCAAAACCACAUCCUGCUGUGGACCAGUCAGACGAGGUGAAGGAGGCCAGUUUAGAGGGCUCCACGCCAGAAAUAAGCAGCCUAAGUGCUGAAAGGGAGGGCGAUUCGGAAGUAGAGGCUGCAGAAACAGCUUCUUUAAGUUCACUACCAGAUGUAGGACCAGUUCCUGAAGAGAUAAAUAAGUUAACAGAACAAGAGGCAGAAGGAAAUAGAGAGAGAGGCGACGGAACAGAGCAGAAUGAAAUGGUAGACAUCCUUACCACCAUUACAGAUGGAGAGGAGAGCAGAAAGAUGAGCCACCAAGCAUCUUCCAUUGCAAAGCUGAAGGCGGCCAUUUCGGAGCACCCAGUAAAGCCGAAACCUAAGAAACGACGCCCGGUCUAA